AUGAAAAAACAAUCAGCCGAAAAGCUCUCCACCCGAGAACAACAACCAUCCUUUGAUGAGGACGAAGAUGAUAAUAAUUACAUGGUCAAUCAUCCGUUCUACUCACGAGAUUUGCAAUCCAGUACAAAUACUAAAAAACCCAAUGUUUCAACCUCCAAACCAGUCCGGGCCUCUUCAGGGUCCUCUCGGAAUAUCGAUCAUCACCGAAAUUCUAUUGAUAUGGGCAGUACUAGUAGCAAACAAACAUCAUCGUCUUCCAUGGAAUACAAUCUCUCGCAUUAUAACAGCUUAAAAUUACGACAAAAGCAACUUAAUGAAUAUAAAGUCAACAGCGAUAUUCUUCCCGAUGUAUCACAUUUAAAUAUACUGUUGAUUGGAGAAAAAGGAGCUGGAAAGAGUUCAUUAAUUAGUACUUUUCAUCGAUCACUAUUUGAAAAUUAUGGUGAUCCUCCCAUAGCUGCCAUUGGUGAGAAUAGAGCCUCCGCCUUUACAAAGAAAAAGAAAGGCUAUGCUGUAAAUAUUCCAGAAUCAAUAUUUGCUCAUGAUACUAGAGGGCUUGAAACAUUUCUGAAAUUAGAAUUAGAACAAGUGAAGGCCAUGAGGGAUGGUCGUGCUGGUGAUGAUGUCGAAGUGAAACAAAAAUCAAGUUGGUCUUUGUGGGAUUAUUUAUUUUCAUUAUUGAGUAGAAAUCCAGCUGCUAUUUUGGAUCCAGAUUGUCUUGUAAAUAAUACUACUGUUCAAGACAUACCGCAUGCAGUGAUAUUUGUUGUGCCUGCCAAUCAAAGGAAUGUUCCAAGUGAAUUGGAAGAUUUUGUUAAUUUAUUCUUAGAAUAUGGAUAUAAGCCUUUAUUUGCUGUCACUAAAAUUGAUGCACAUGGAAGUGGUGAUUUAUAUGCUGCCACACAUUUAUAUGACACUAAGAAAACUCAACUUGUACAAAUGUUUGAAUUAGAGUAUCAAGAUGUGCAUGCUAUUCAAAAUUACACUGAAUGGAAUCAAAAGAAUAACAUUAAAAAAAAAGAGCCACUCACAACACUGAAUAUGCGAUCCAAACAAACCACUCGUAACACCACCGUUAGUACACGUUCUCAACACAAACAAAAACUAGAAAAAAAGAAGAAAAAUGCAAAAAGAAAGCUCGUCAUUCCGUUGGGAGCGGUUGCUAAUACGAAACUAACACCCUCUUCUGCAAAGUAUUUACCGAGUAUUGUUGGUAAGAAACAACCUAUUUCAAGAGCUGAGAUUGCAAGAAGAGCCAAACAUAUUCUUAGACAAGAUGAAGAUGAAGAAGUACGAGCGUUAAAAAUCACAAAGAGUUGUCUUGCAGUAUUAAGAAAUGCAAUCACCUAUCGAUUUUUAUGCAAGUUGAAACUAUGUAAGAUAUUAACUGGUUUUGCUAAAACACAAACAGUGAAUGCUCUAGCAUUGAAAGUUGCUAGUGUUCUGAUUGGAACCGAGUGGAAACAAAUCAAUCCUGAGUUCUUUGAGAGAAUGUUUGCUGAGUAUAGAGGUGAAACUUAUCAGAACAUUGGAGUGACUGCUGAUGUGGCGUACAGUGCCUUCGAGGAUGCUAUUGGCGACCGUACAGUGACAGAGACAAGUAUCGUAGAGUGCUUUCAAGAUCCUGAGGCAAGGCGUAGUAUCCAAGAAGUAUUGGAGGACUAUAACAAUGUAAAACAAUAUGGAGAUUAG